AUGGCGACGAACGGCGACUCCGGUCGAGCAUCCGGAAGCUUGGUGGAUGCGUCGGGCUACAAAUUUACCGAGAAGGAUACGAAGCCCGGCAAGAUGAAGGUCAAAAAGACCUCCAAGGCCUCGACCAAGAAGAAAGCAGACGAUACCAAGGACGGAGUCGCUGACUCUUCACCCACCUCGCCUCUGCCCAAGUUAGAUAACAAGCUCGCAACUACUUUCCCGACUGGCAAACCGCGCGACGAAGACGUUCUUGAGACUGUCAUUUGCAAGCAUUGCAAGCGCCCUAUCCUAAAAUCAACCGCCCCAGACCAUAUCCGUGGCUGUCUAAGAGCUAAACAAGAGAAAGCGCGCAAGAAGAAGGAAGCUCGUGACGCCGCGAACAGGGCCAAGGUUUCAGACGGGAAGGACGACGACGAUGUCCGUGAUAAGCCAGAUAUUGGCGACGACUCUAUGAAGGGACAAAAGAGUGCGAAGAAGAGUGCGAUCAAGGGUACCGACGACGGAAAUAAGAAGGGCAAGAAGCGAAAGGCCGACGAGGACGAUAACAAGGAGCCCAAGAAGAAGAAAAAGAAGGACGAACCUAAGGCCAAGACCGCGAAGCCUAAGGGUCCUGUCGACGUUGAGAAGCAGUGUGGUGUGAGUUUGCCUAAUGGGGCGCAGUGCGCUCGCUCUCUCACCUGCAAGAGUCAUUCGAUGGGUGCCAAACGUUCCGUCCCUGGUCGGUCUCUUCCGUACGACAUGCUGCUUCAGCAGUAUCAGAAAAAGAAUCAGGCUCGUCAACAAAAGGCUGCGAUCGAUGCGAAUGCUCCGCUGCAAGACGAAGUUGAUACAAAUGGUCCGGUUGAUUCAGACGAAGAGAGAGAUACUGUCAUGGCCGCUAUUGCCCGCUCCAACCCUCGACCUCUCGCCGAACACACCCUCAUCACAUCCAGCACAAAAUACCGAUAUGUUCGCAUCAAAGAACAAAUGCUACACGCGAUGGGUGGACGAGGUGGUGGUCUUUUCUCUACCGACGACAGCCAGCCCUUGUUUGGCGGAAGCCUCUUCCAGCCAUUUGACCCCGAGAUGGAUGAUUCAUCCCCUAUGAUCCCAAAUGCUGACUCCGGCGAUGGCACUGUCUCUAUUGACGGUUCGAGAAAGACCUCAGUGCAAGGUAUGCGAAAAACACCCAUCGCUGCUGCAUCUUGA